AACCCUCCAAGCGGCCUAGGCAUGCGCUGUUGCGGCAGAGUCUGCCCCCCCCCACGACGCCCUAUUCCAUUUGGACGCCGGGCCUCUGCCAGCCCGGCCCUGACGAGCAUGUGCCUCGACAGCGAGUCGACAAUUGGCUCUCCACUCCGCUCUACUCCGGACGGACGACUUCUCCGCCCAGCCACUUUGCGCGUCCCGCCGGCUCGCCACGCCUCCGUUGCAGCCCUCCCGACGACGACUGUCGCCAUCCUCCGUCGCUCAGCCUCCCCCACGACAGCCCCAGGCAACCAGGUCCUGUUGCCGGGCGACGCCGUCGUGCCACCGCGCAGACUGCCGCCGACGCCGAGCUCGCCGGCCUGGCCACAUCGUCGCCCAGCCUCGCACCUCUCGCGACGCCGCCGUUGCCGUUGUUGCCGCCGGUGAUGGCCCUGCAGACGUCGUUGCCAGUGGCUGCGAACCACGAGGACUGCAAAAGGCGGACGAGCGGUUUAGCCGCGGGCGCCGUUCGAGUGCACAGAAUAAGAUGGGUCUGUUCAUCUAUUCUCUCCUUGCAUACCAUCUCUCUUUUGGGGCAUCAGUGGCAUAGCAACAGCAGCAGUAAUGACGAUACUGACGCUAAGAUGAUGAUGAUGGUGACGACAAUGUGUAUGAUGAUGUUGAUAAUAAGAAUGAGAAUGAGGUUGGUGGCGGUGGGAAUGAUUGCAAUAAUAGUAAUAAUGACGAUUUCGAAGAUAUUAUUAUUAUUGAGAAUUGUAAAAAUUACAAUAAUGCUGAUAAUAAUUGUAAUAGUUGUGCAAAGAGUAACUGUGUUUCCAUCAAUCUUGUGA